CCUCGGGCCACGGUGAAGGGAGGGUGUACGUUCUAGUCUUCUGACCUGACCACCACGUGACCUUUGAUAUUUCGGUGUGGUUGAUUGUGAUACAUGCUUUCUCGCGCGGAGUCUUGUGGUGGACGAGAAGCAGGUUUUGAGGGUAUCUUUGUGCGUGGAAGGAGGGGCGCUGUGAUGUAAACAAACAUUGGUGCACUGCUGUCGCUGCCUCGAUGGACGAGUAAUUACAAGAUGUCACCAUUCUGCCGCCCGGUGAUUGCCAAGUAAACAGUCGGCAGGGUACUGAAGUGAAAUAGCAAAACCAAGGCGAGGCGAAGAAAGCAAAGAAGAAAACCAAGGACGAACACGAGGAAAGAAAGAAGGAAGGAAGGAAGGAAGGAAGAAAGGGAUAAGUGUGUAUAUGCGUGCUUACUGAAGAAGAAGAGGAGGAGGAAGAGACCAUAUGAAACACAAGAAAGGCGGGGAAAGUUUACCGAUAAAGUAGAGUGAAGAAGAGCGCGGCAAGUAGUUAAGGAGGAGUGCCUUAACGAGGAAGUGUUACUGCCUUCUACGACCUCACCUACCAAACGAGCACUCAGCGUCUCACACAAGAUAACACCGUAACACGAAGGACAUAUUGAGAUGUUUCUAGUAUUUCAUACCCUUAGAAAGCACUCAGUGUCACGCCUUCAGGACAGCACCAUAACACAGACGAACCAAGGUGUCGCGAUCUCUCCACGCUCUUAGCAAAGAAAACAACACAGCACGGAGCAGAUCUACACUUCGAGGCCACCGCAACACACCUACAACACACAAUCAGCACCAGCCAGUCAUCUACGUUACCUAAGAAGCUAACCUCUCCAAGCCUCAACCCUCAGCGCAGAACACAAAUGGGCUACUCACGAUCUUAUCAUCAAACGGCAUCCCUCGCUGUUAUUUAUGCAUACUGAAGAAGUUAAGAAAUCAAGUCACCACACGCUUUUAUCACAGGAGAAUCAAUCGUCACUCACCCGCGAGACCUUGAAAGCAAAACGGUGCACUAAAAAAUAAAUGGGAACCUUUUAACGAGUGUACUGAUGCACACACGCGCUGUCCUCGCCACCACGCUACCUCGGAAACUCGGGUCACCGCUUCAGGUUGCGUAGAGGAUUGAACACUGCCCGUGAGUGAUUGAUUGAAGUUUAGAAACACAGGAGUAAGGUAAAGUGAAACACAAAAAAAAAGUGUGAUUGCUUGAAUGAUUGAUAAAAGACUGAAAAUAUACGAGAAAGAAAAGAUGUGAACACGAUUAUUAUCAUUAUCAUCAUUAGGAACGUUUGAACACAUAAGACGUAAAUGAGUGAGUGAUGAUAGAAUAGAAACACAAAAGGGAGAUAAAUUCAUAAACUCGAAAGGAGGAAUAAACGUGGAAACACAUAAGACCUAAGGCAAAUAAGAACCGAGUACGAGUCAUUUCGAAAAGAAGACACAAAUUGAGAUAAACACAGAAUAAGUUUAGAUUGAUAUACUGAAAAAAAAGAAAAAGAAAAGGAAACAAAGAUAAGUCAUUCACUGUGCUGAUUCUGAAGGAAAAUAUGUAAAACAAUAGAAAUAUGUAUAAAUAACACCAGUUACGUGUCUCAAAGUGGAUGUUUUAAUACGUGCCUAAAUUCUACGAAAAUCAAACUGGAAAGAUACUCAAACGAGGAGAAAAGUACAGAGAAAAAAAUUGUAACGGCUUUUUGGAACCGAAGAUUCGUCGAGGCAGAAAUUAACUAAGUACAGCUCCAAACACUGACGCUGUGACAAAUACAGACAAAGGGAAAUGAGAGAGGAAGAAAUAGAAAAAAAAAAAAGAAACGAUAAUUUUUGCCAAUCACUUUCCUUUAGUGCACGUGAUUUGAGUGGACCCUCCUCUCCUUUGUGUGUGUGUGUGUGAUCGUCAUAGAAUCGCACACGCCCAUCGCUCCCUCACCCACGCACACUUCCUCUUUGUUGACCUUGGGAAGUCUCUUGCAAACACAGCCUGAAUCUGGGGCCGCCGUCCUCGUCUGCCUGAGAGGGGAAGGCAACACUCCCCACACUCCCACUGUUUACCUUGUGACGGCCCGUCGGGGAAGGGCUGCCUGACUGGAUGUGGUGAAGGAGGCGGCGCUGGUGAUGGCAACGCUCACCUGUCAGUAGCAGCCUUCCUUUCUCCGGUGUAUGUCAGGAAAAGUGCGAGGCUGUAAGGGGUGAGUGGGGAUUUGCAGCUGCAGAGGCACAUAAGUGAGCCGGUGUGUAACUCUCCUUGGUGAAAUGUAGAAAAGUUUUAGUCUAACAACUCACACAGGCUGGGAACGUUUCAUUUUUUUUUUUUUUGUUAAUUCAGUCUUGGAAGAACAGACUGGAAUGACACUAUAUCUCCUGCAGCAUUUCACGUCUGUUGGGAACGUUUGAUCCUCACACAAGCCUCCAGGAAAGCUUUGUUUUAUACUACCCAAACGUCCUUGCAACGUUUCAUCACCACCUCUGAAAAAAGGGUGUUGCCAGUCUAUCAGUUUUCAAUCUACGAAAGGUUUCAUCCUAACAUUACUUUGAACAACGUUGGUGUCAAUUCAGUGCCUCCAAAUAACGUUGCAGGAACAUUUCUAUUUACCACCUGAACCAAGGAAACGUUUUCUUUUAUCCACUCACUAGAACUUCACAAAAACAUUUACCAUCAUAUCUCACCAAGCUGCGGAACGUUUCACCUCUUCUUCCCCCGGUACACAUCACUUCCCCAUUACCCUCUUUUCCCCUUCUCCCGUGAUAAGCAAUCAGGAGGCGCAGCAGGGCAGUGUUCGCUCUCUCCAGGAAGGUGAGAAAACGGUAUAGUGAGGAAAAGAUCAGAGUAGCCAAUGAUUGCUGGAGAGAGGAAAUCAAGAAACAGCCUGAGGGAAGGAGGAACAAGAAACACUUCAUUUUAAUUCCAGAGUCCUUGUGCUCAUGUAAUACUUUUGGUAACAAUUCAAUCCCACAUUUACGGAAUCUGAUGAACGAUUAAAGGCUCAUUAGAACUGUGCUCUAGAAAGUGUAAUAAAGACACAUCAACCUCUUAGUCAUAGCUUCAGCCACCACCGUUUUUGUGUUCUUAAGUUACAGUAAUUCAUGUAACAUAACGAUUAUAAUGCAGAUUGAACUGCUAUGCUAGUUGGUGAUGCUGGUAGUGCUGCAUUGGCGUCAGUGUAACAGUAGCAACGGUGUGGCGCCGCUAGUACAACGCAAAGCAAGAGUAACGUUGUGACUGAUGUGGUAGUGCGAGAACAUAGACAAGGCUGAUAUUACAGUCACGUAGAGAAAAUAAAUAGUGCUGUGAUUGCCUUUGUGACGCCAAGCUGACAGUAAUGAGUAUGUAGCUGCUCUUGUGAUGUUAAGAGAACGCCAUUGAAGCCAAGUUUGUGCCAGUGAAGCGUAUUGUGCAAAUAGAGCUAAAAGUGUGCAAAUAAAUCUAAGAGACCGCUAUUAACGUUAGAGGUAGUCAGUAAUGCUAUGAGUGCCCCAUCAACUUUAUUCGGAGAGUACAUACAACCUUUAAGUGGAUAAUACUUACUAGUGGCGAUAACAGAAGAGUAGUUGUGUAAGUUGUGUCAGGCCAUUAACAUCACCCCGUGAGUAGGUUUUGUAGGAAGGUGAUAGUAGUGUUAGCUGCAGACUAGUGACAAGAGAAUAACAAUAACCAUAAGAGCGCAUUAGUAAGCGUUAGAUAAUGACGACAUCGCUGGAAAAAAAGAAAAACAAUAGUAUUAACGGUGUACAUGUUAUUUAACGCUGACAAGUAAGAUUAGUCACUAGUGCUUUGGGAAAUAGUGAAGCAUCCCUUGUAGUUUUGAGUGGAUAAUAGAAGACUGAUCUGAGCCGCGAGGUAAGAGAUAGUGAUGCAAGAGCGGCUGAUACACCCCAAGCGGUGAUGCUUCUAGUGACAAAAGUAGUGAUGGCGCUGGUACAUCAGUGUGUCACCCUCUAGAGAUCCAUUCCUCAGUGAUGUCAGCCAGGCAGUGUUGGUGUGGUCGUGAUGCCACGCAUCAAGCUUCAGAUCAGCACAUGUAGAGGCGAUAUUGACUCUGGAGCCUCUGAAACACAUGCGAGGGGUUGAGGAAGCCCAAGUGUGUGACUUGAGUUCAUCUGACUAACGCUUGUGUAUCACCUCAAGUUCGGCACAACAGUGAGUGUAGUUAAAGUUGUGGUUGUCUUGAGAGUGUUGUGAAGAACACCACGGGAACAGUUAAGCCACAGUGACCAUUCGGGUUUAGUGAAUUGUGAGCUAUGUUUUCAGAAAUGAAUAAAACAAAAGAACAGAAAAUAUAUUUUUGAAGAACUUCAGAAAACCUGCCUCUCUCAGCCCCGUGAUAUCACAGACGUGUCGGUGCAUAGUGGCGGCAGCCGCGGGGCAGCAGUGAUCAGUGUUGUGUGACACGUGAAAACAUGAUUGAAAAAUUUACAAAAAUGUCAGCAAAUAUGAGACAAUAGGUCCACGAGUGUCAAGACCGCGGCGUGAGGGAGUGACUGGUGCUCGAAAAACACUUCACUCUAAGCGGCGAGGAGCAGGGAGACGCCCACGGCCGCCUCGACCCUCCAGCAUGACGCAGGAGCGGCGACCUCGGCCACGGCUACUCUCCUGCUGUAACUGCCUCAACAAGAGCUCCUCGGGUCCUCUGAGUCCCGUGGAAGAGUCCAGGCCUGAAAUACCUGACACGGGGACCACCAUCACCACCACGCCCACCUGCGUGGGCAGCAGUCGGGAAAAUGGUCACCAGGGCGGGGCGAUGCGACGCUCCUUCUCCAAGUCCGCCAAUGACCUGCUACACCGAACACGCUCGCCUUCGGGGGAGAGGUCGAGUGAGCCGUCACCCAAGGGCUCGCCAACCCUGGGUACCCGUAAGGCGAAGGAGCAAGACAGACCCAGAGCCAACACUCAGCCCCGCCCCGCGCCCUCCUUCUUUACCACGUUCAAGAGAGUUAAAAAGAUGGCCGCCGAGUUCAAACUGAAGACUAAGUUCCAGCGGACCCUGAGCAAGGAGAGCAAGGUGGUGGCGCGGCGGAAAGACGUGCUGCUAGACGGUGUUCGGAGCAACUCCCACCCAGAUGUGAGUGUUGAGAGACAGGAUAGCACCACAGACUAUGCUGCAGACAACUCCUCAGCAGAACAGUCCUCCUCGGGGACACCCCUCACCAUGUCUCCUCGACGUGGUCCUCACCUUGCUUCCAGCAGGCACUACUCUAAUGAUCCUAAUACACUCUUUGAAAAUGGGGAAGACCCCACAGAGACUGAGUCUCGCAUUAUGGAGGAACUGCCUGAUGAACUACUGGCCUCUACUGAAGCAUCUCUUGAGCCAGAUACUAGUGGGGCACCAGGAGAGUCUGGAGAUCAGGGAGCCUCCAUAGCAUCAAACUUCUCCCCUCCCACACCUGCCCGUGCUGCUCACUUCAGCAUUGACACCGCAUCCCCAAGUUACCUCCUUGGGCGUGGGACAGAGAGCGACACCUCUCAGCAGCUGAUGUUGUGUGAGGGUGAGAGUGUGACGAUGGAUGCCCCCUCACCCCUCCAGGCCUCCUCCAGCACCAACACCACCAUCUGUGAGGUCUGGUCAAAGGAGGAUCCAGCUGUGCAGCGGCAGCGAGCCCUUCGCCAACACUCCUUUUUCCAGCUCCACAUCCACCUCAAGCGCGGCCAAGACCUGGUUGCCCGUGAUGCCUGCGGUAAGCUCCUCCCCCAAUACUCGUCCUACCAGUCAGGAGAAACUACAAGAGCAGGCACCAGUGAUCCCUAUGUGAAGUUCAAGGUUGCAGGGAAGCUUGCCUACAAAUCCAAGACAGUAUACAAAGAUCUGAAUCCCACAUGGGAUGAAUCAUUCACUGUGGGCAUAGAGGAUCCCUUUGAGCCUGUGUCAGUAAAGGUGUUUGACUAUGACUGGGGUCUGCAGGAUGACUUCAUGGGCUUAGCUACCAUUGAUCUCACCACCCUUGAUCUUGACAAGUGUACAGAUGUGGAGUUACCCCUCUCUGAGCCCCGUAAGGCAUCCCCACCCUACAUGGGCAAGCUGUACAUGAGCCUCACACUGCAGCCCAAGACCCAGGAGGAGAAAGAACAGUACCUCCAGCGCGGUGGGUCUCGCCUGGCGGAGCAGCAGCGGCGCUUGAAGAGUCAGAUAUGGAGCUCCGUGGUGACCAUCGUGUUGGUGGAGGGCAAGAACCUGCUGCCCAUGGACGCCGACGGCACUUCAGACCCAUACGUCAAGUUCAGACUCGGGAACGAAAAGUACAAGAGCAAAGCAGACCUGCACACACUCAACCCUAAGUGGCUGGAGCAGUUCGACUUCCACCAGUUUGAGGAUCAAAGCCAGUUCCUGGAGAUCACUGUGUGGGACAAGGACGUCAGGAGCAAGGAUGACUUUAUGGGCAGAUGCGUACUGGACAUCUCCAAGUAUGAAAAGGAGAAGACCCAUCAUAUCUGGGCACCACUUGACAAGGGUGCUGGCUCCGUCUUCAUCCUCCUCACAAUCUCUGGCAUCACUUCUUCUGAAACCAUAUCAGACCUCCACUCCUUUGAUGAUAACCCCAAGGAACUUGCAAACAUAGCUGCCAGUUAUAAAUGGACCAGAACGCUGCAAAAUGUGAAAGACGUUGGGUACUUGAGGGUGAAGGUAUUCCGGGCACAGGGCCUUGCCUCUGCAGAUAUUGGAGGCAAGAGUGACCCAUUCUGUGUGUUAGAGUUGGUCAAUGAUCGUCUCCAGACACAGACGGAGUACAAGACACUUUCUCCAAGCUGGAAUAAGAUAUUCAACUUCAAUGUUAAGGACAUACACAGCAUUCUGGAAGUGACAGUGUAUGAUGAGGACCGGGAUCAUAAAGUGGAAUUCUUAGGCAAAAUUGCAAUUCCAUUAUUAAGGGUCAGGAAUGGAGAAAAGAAAUGGCAUGCCUUGAAAGACAAGAAGCUGAGAAUGAGAGCUAAAGGAGUCAACCCAGAAAUUUUAUUGGAGUGCACAGUAUAUUGGAAUCCAUUACGUGCAGCCAUAAGGACCUUUAUGCCGAAGGAGGAGAAAUUCAUGCAGGUGGAGCAAAAGUUUAAGCGACAGGUGUUCAUAACCAAUGUGAACCGACUGAAGGCUUGUGUUAUGGAUCUGGUGGAAGGUGGAAAGUUCAUAAAGUCUUGCUUUGAGUGGGAAUAUCCAAUCAGGAGUACAUUUGCAUUCAUUGGCUUCAUGGUGGGAACUUACUGCUUUGAGCCAUACAUGAUUCCCAUUAUCCUUUUGAUUGUAUACCUCAAGAACUACAUUGUAUUAUCAAUCGUGGGCACCAUGUCGCACCGUGAGGACGAAACAGAUUUUUCUGUAGAUGAUGAUGAAGUGGAUGAUGAUGAGAAAGAUAAGAAUGGGAACCCAGAGGUAAGGAAAAGGCAUUAUGAGAAGGAUGACUCUGGCAGGUCUAAUGCACCCACUAACCCCUCCAAAGAGGAGGAAAAGAAGUCGCUCAAGGAGAGACUGCAAGCCAUACAAGAGGUGACUGCAACUGUCCAAAAUGCCAUAGGUGCCAUUGCAUCCCUCUUUGAAAGUGUCAAUAACACUUUCAACUUUUCCGUGCCAUUCCUCUCAUGGUUACUCAUCAUUGUACUGAUUGUGGGCACCUUCGUCCUGUACUACAUCCCUAUUCGCUACUUGGUGAUGAUAUGGGGUGUCAACAAGUUCACUCGCAAACUUAUCCGGCCACAUGCUGUCAUCAACAAUGAGCUUCUGGACUUCCUGUCUCGAGUUCCUGAUGACGAGACUUUGCGUGACUGUCGUGAGUUGCGGAUGGUGGCUCAGCUCCACGAUGACAAAAGAAGAGAUAAUCGGAAGAAGAAACAAAGCUAAUGAACGCCCUGCAUCAGGGAGUAUGUACUAGCAACAGUUAAUCAUCAUAUUGAGUAGAGGUAGCAACUAGAUACCAGGUAUGAUAAUGACUAUGAUGCAAGCUGUGUGUGUGUGUGUGUGUGUGUGUGUGUGUGUGUGUGUGUGUGUGUGUGUGUGUGUGUGUGUGUGUGUGUGUGUGUGUGUGUGUGUUGCAGAAAUAAAAUUGGACAGUCAGGAUCUACCCUAGUAAAUUGAAAUGUUUGGAGCAAGUAGACAAGAUUUACAUAGCAAACAUUUUCUGAAACCAACAAGGAGGUCACUGCUAUACUGCUACUAUUACUACAACUACUACUACUACUACUACCACUACUACUACCACAAUUACUACUAUGUACUUGAUAUGUAGUUAGUGCCAAGUCCAUUUGUUAAAAGUUGUAUUCCAACAUUCUAGUAGGAACCUUAGAUUUAUGCAAACUUGUGUGUGCGCGUUUGUGUAAGUGCACAUGCACGUGUAUUUUUGUGUGUGUGCAUACAUACACACCUAAACAUGUGUGAGAAAGAAGUCAACUGAAUGAAAAGAAAUAAAUCAGUUUGGAUACAUCUUGUGAUCAUUUAUGGAUGGAAGACAUGUUCAGAGUGUGCACAGUAGAUUGGAUUGAAUACCAUAGAGGUGUGUGUGUCUAAAAAGUUUGAUACAAAUCUAGGAUUUAAAGUGCAGGCACACUAGUACUGACCCUUGAAAUGAUGACCAACAGAUGUGUCAUCUUGGCACAAGAGUUGGCAUAGGCAAGGUCAUGCUGGGUCGAAGAGGUUGUAAAAAUAACCUUAUGAAAUGCAUUUGUAUGAUUGUAUUUAAUUGUUGUUGUUAUUGACAGUCUUUCAUAUAUGUAUCUUUGUAUUGCUCUUUUAUAUAAAUAAUUGCAAAAUAUUUAUAGGAAGUGAUUUUACAGUGAUGUUGCCAACUGUUAGAUGUAGUCAAAGUGACUUUGUUAAAAUAUUUUGGUAUUUAUAGUCCCUGUGUAUGAAGAAGCAUAAUGAAAAGGUCACUAAACAAUGAAUCACAUGACUAAUAAGUCAAGGUUCAGUAAUGAGGCCGGUCUCAAAGCUCCAUCCAACAAUCAGGAAUUUGUUAAAUUAAAUUUGAAUUGGAACUAACAUUUUCACAAUGAGGCAUUUCAUCAGAAUAAAUUUUCAGUAUUUUUUUUUUGUUAGCCUCAGUCACCUGUACAGUAGAUUGAAGAUAAUCUAAAAGGGGAGGUUGGAAUUUUAUUUGCAGCCUGUGAUAGUUAUUACUUGAAGUUUACUUCUUUUUUGUAUUUUCAGAAUGUCAUUUGUUCUUUUUUUUUUUCAAUACUGCUUGCUUUAAUCUGCUGGGACCCACCAACAUUUCUCCCUGAGAAGGAAUUUUUUCUCAAGUCAUUAAUUUCUUACUAUGAUUUUAGUUACAACUCAGGUGAUUUCUCAACACAUUCCCCAAAGGCUGAAGCCUUGUAUUAACCAUUAACAUUGGCAUAAUUUAAUGGAUGGGCAUUCAUUUUGUUAUCAUAUAGGUUAUCAUAAUUUACAUUACCAUAUCAGAUAUUGUACAAUAAGUAGAUGCAGUUCAUUGAGUUAGUAUUUUCCUAGCUAGGUAGUUCUGACUGCAAUGAUUAUGGAUGAGAGUAAUGGAGGACAUACUGUGAGAGGGCCAUAUUGUCACAGAUUCCUUCACUGAGAGUCUUGUGGACACAAGUUAUGCACAAGUCUGUUGUAUGUGUUGUGAUUAUAAGUAUAUAAUCAAUUUACAGGUUUAUCUAGUCAAUCACUAUAAUUUCUCUGAAUUACAGAGAUCUCACAUCGUCAAAAACUAGAUUAAGAAUUAUAACAAACAUUGUAUGUACCAUUUUUAACAUUACACUUUUAUAAGUCUUGUAGUGUGCAUUCUCAAGAUAAUUUUAGAGGCAUUGAAAUUUAUAAAUAUUAUAUAUGUUUGUGUCAUAUAUGGAAUUAUUCUGUUUAUUAUUGAGGUGAAGGGACAUUUAAGUAAGUGGUGUGUUGCAGGAUUAUAAAAUAUCAGAUUUGUAUGUUUACCGAUUACCUGUGAUAUUCAUGGUUGUUAAGGCUAAUGUACUUUUCUCCAAAUAAUUUCUGUUCAUUAAUUUGUAUGCCUUAACAUUGGAAUUUUUGCAUAUAUAUGCUAUUCUUGAUUUUUUUUUAUUUAUUUAUUUAUUUUUUUCUCUCUCUCUAGAUCUAUGGUGAUUGAGAAAACAAGUUAUAAAAAAGUUGAGCUAUGUUUACGAGAAAGCAGUGCACUUUUUGGUUGAACUAUGUAAAUAGCCAAGACACAAAUGGUGACCUAAAUGUAGCUGUUAGGGAACACAAAAGGCCAGUUAGCAUGCUAGCAUGAUGGUGGUGGUGGUGUAUGCUGUAUCCUCAGCUCCUUCACCCAGUGGACUGAGGCUUUGUAACUUCUAAAGAGGAACUAAGUCUCAUUAAUCUAGGUAAAACAAAGUUAUAUGUGAAAAUAAGUAUAGGUACAUAAUAAUCAGUUAAAUUUGAAAGUUCUUUAUACAACCAAGUGAUAAUAUAAAUUACUAGAUUAUCAUGGAUGAUGAAAUAAUCAGUUGCACAUAUAUUUGAAGAUCCAGAUGUAGGAGGUUUGCACUGAGGAAUUCAAAGUAAUAUCACUGAAAACCUACUAUUAAGAAGGCAGCACACAAUAAGAAUCUCUAAAAGAUUGUAAUCAUAUUUUCAGGUAAACUAAGAUAUAAAUAAAGGCUCAAAAAAAAAAAAUGUACAAAUUACUAAUUGAAGGUGAAUGAAUAUAUUGCCCACUAAAAUUAGUCAUAUAACCAAGAAGUUUUAAGCCACAAGAUGGAUGUGUUUCCACAGCCAUGCUU